CGAUCCUUUCGGCGAUCGCGCGUUUAAACGCGUAUAUUUUACGCGGCGAAGAUGUCGUCGAGCUUCUUCCACCUUCAUUGAUAUCGACGACGACGAUGCCAUGGCGACCGAUCUUUGCGCGAACGGAACUUUGAAAUCUACGUCCGGCAGCGUCGUAGAUAACAUUAUGAGGCAACGCAAGUCCGGUGCACUGGAUGCCACGGCGCCGAUACCGUCGGAGGAGGAGAAGCUAAAGUUUCAAGAUAACAGAUUCCUCACGACUUUGGUACUCGGUAGAAGUAGAAAAAUCUCACCGGACGUACUGCCAUCUUGCCCUUCUGGAAUAUUUCGUCAAAGAUCCCUUCGUUCGACGACUCCUACUAAAUUAUCCACGUCGACGACGACGACGGCGACGACGACUACGACAACAACAACAACGACGACGAAAAGCAACGGUAACGAAGAAGUGCAGGCAACGCGAAACGAUCGGCAAAACUCUACGCGAGUUUUUUCGACCGUUUUAUCGAGCGUCCUUUCGAGCGGUAUUCGCGAGAAAAGCAACGUAUUGAACAACAACAACAAUAACAACAACAACAACAACAACAACAAUAAAAACGGUAAUAGUAAGAAAAGCGUCGUCGGCGGUGGUGGCGGCAGCGGCGGCAGCGGCGGCGGCGGCGGCGGCGGCGGCGGCGGCCUCAGAGGUCAGGCGGCGCGUGCCAUUCGAGCCGGGAACGCCGGCGGCGGUGGCGAGAGCGGAGGUGAGAGCGGAGGCGGCGCCUCGUUACUCGCAAGGGGCGCCAGAGCUGCCAGUAAGCACGCGCGCCUUGGCACGGCACUGGCUAACAAAAUGGCGUCUGCGAGCUCAACCGCGGUCGUGCAAGGCUGGCCGAACACCAAGGACGACUACGAGCUCAAAGAGGUUAUCGGUGUUGGAGCCACUGCAGUAGUACACGCGGCAUUUUGUAUUCCACGCCAAGAAAAAUGUGCUAUAAAGAGAAUAAAUUUAGAAAAAUGGAAUACCAGCAUGGACGAAUUAUUGAAAGAGAUACAAGCUAUGUCUUCUUGCAACCACGAAAACGUCGUAACUUAUUACACGUCGUUUGUCGUAAAAGAAGAACUUUGGCUCGUUCUGAGACUACUGGAAGGUGGAUCUCUGUUAGAUAUAAUCAAACAUAAAACUAGAACCACCAACUGCAAACACGGAGUGUUCGACGAAGCUACGAUAGCUACCGUACUUCGAGAAGUCCUAAAAGGUCUUGAAUAUUUUCACAGCAAUGGUCAAAUCCACAGGGACAUAAAAGCGGGUAAUAUCCUACUAGGAGAAGAUGGUACUGUACAGAUCGCUGAUUUUGGUGUCAGUGCUUGGCUCGCUACAGGAAGAGAUCUGAGCAGACAAAAAGUUAGGCACACUUUUGUGGGAACGCCAUGUUGGAUGGCACCUGAGGUCAUGGAGCAGGUGAGAGAGGACCAUGGCUAUGAUUUUAAAGCGGACAUUUGGUCGCUCGGUAUCACUGCUAUCGAAAUGGCAAGCGGUACCGCUCCUUACCACAAGUAUCCACCGAUGAAGGUAUUGAUGCUCACUUUACAAAACGAUCCACCGACCUUGGACACAGCGGCGGAUGAUAAAGAUCAGUAUAAAGCGUAUGGUAAAACAUUCCGUAAAAUGAUCGUCGAUUGCUUACAAAAGGAUCCAACUAAGAGACCAACUGCUACAGAACUCUUGAAACAUCCCUUUUUCAAAAAGGCUAAAGACAAGAAAUAUUUGCAACAAACGUUAGUCGCUAUAGGUCCAAGUCUCGAAACUAGAGUACAGAAGGCAUCGAAGAGGCAACCGGGUACGUCGGGUCGUUUACAUAGAACGGUAACAGGGGAAUGGGUUUGGUCGUCGGAAGAGGAGGAUAGUGCGUCUAGCGGCGAGGAGGGCAAAGAAGCGUUACCAGUCAAUACGAUAGAGAAUGCGAGUAGCGAAGAAGAUCUUGAACAAGACGAGUUUUACUCUCAGGUCAAGUCGACGCAAAGUCACGCUGCUAUACAAGCUGCCGAACAAAAUGUUCCUAUAAAUCUGGUGUUACGACUACGUAAUCAGAAACGUGAACUAAACGACAUCAGAUUCGAAUUUGCCGUGGGAAUUGACUCUGCGGAGGGCAUUGCUGCCGAACUGGUUGGCGCAGGAUUAGUCGACGGAAAAGACAUUGUGGUCAUAGCAGCGAAUUUACAAAAAUUAAUAGACAGUGCCGGACAAUUGCGGACUGUUACGUUUUCAUUGAACUCUGGUCAUGCAGCCAACGAAGUACCGGAUGAUAAAGCAUUGAUAGGAUUUGCUCAGAUCUCCAUCACGGAUUAAACGAUUUCGUAGUAUUCUGAAGUCUCAGAAUAAUACUCUUACGUGAUAUAUAAUGCAGAAAGAAUCAAAGGCUAUAGCUAUACCGUUUGAUCGUUAUAGAAAAACAUUGUACAGUAUAAACCAUCGACGAAUUUGUUUCACACGUAUGGCUCUAGCUUUUGGUAUUUUUGCAAUUACUCUUUUCAGUUGCUAUGAUUUUUCAGGUAAUUUGAUCACACAGGACAUAGAACCUACAAGAUAGUACAUCGUAAAAAUAUUAUAUCCGGUGACAAAGAACCUUUGAAAAAAAUUUUUACGUCCAUUUUAUGUUCGCGUAACAUACAGUAAGACGCAACCCACGCGAUUAUUAUCCACGAAGGCUUGCAAAUUAGACGUAUUCUCUUAAUCUAAAAAUUAAAAGUUCAUGUUAUUAAUCUAUAAUGAUUCAUAUUACUUUAAUUUAUGUAAAUAUUAGCGAUCCAGUCUGUUCGUUAAGUUGUUUCUCUUCUUAGUUGUUGGCUGUAAAUUUGAAAGAAUUUGCACACAUUGAAAGAGCAUAGCACUUGAAAUAACGACCGAAGAACGCAUUGGAUGAAAUCAGUUAAGGUGCUUUAAUAUCUCGUUUGUUUAUUCGAUAUAACUUUCUUCCUUUAUUCAACGAAGGAUAUAUAAGAUGCACUAUAAUAUAGUGUCAUUAAAGUCAUUAAGUCCUGUACAAAAUAUCAAUUAUUACAUUUUAAUUAUCAUAUUUGAUGAAGGAUCAAUGAAAUAUUACACGAAGAUUCAAAAGUACUAGAACACAUUUUGUACUUAAUUAAAUAGAAUUACAAUAAUAUAUUCAUAUUCUUAAAGAUUUUAGAUAGAACUGAUUUAAGACUUUUAUUUCUUGAAUCGUUUUUACAAAAGCGAUAUAUAUAUAUAUAUGUACAUGAUAUGUGUGUAUAUAUAUAUAUAUAUAUACAUAUACAUACAUAUAUACGUAUAUACGUAUAGAUACAUAUAUGCGCACCUGUACGCAACGUGAGCCUGCCACAAAAUAUAUGAGAUCAGAGUUAUAUGUUAUUUAUGAUUAAAAUUAUUCUGAAUAUAUUAUGGAAUUUUGUAACAUAAGUUUUAAUAUAGCCAGGCUUGUAUAUAGUAAAGAAGAGAAAUAUGUAAUUAUCAGAUUUUGUUUAUUAUUUCAAGGUUUCUUUUUCACUACGAAAUAUAAACGAAAAAUCGGAAACAUUUUUAGCUUGCACACACGCAAGGCAUAAUGUCGUGUUUGCGAUAAUAACGUUAAAUUAUUUUAGUUCUACUCGGAAUAUAUAUAGAAAUCAUUUUAUCAAUUCUGAAGUCACGAAUGUAAUACUCUAUUCAUUAAACGGCAGAUGUAUCUUGUAUGCUUAAUAAUUACUAUAGAACAUACGGAAAAUGAGCAUAAUUAUUAUUAAGCCAAAAGCAACAACAACAACAACAACAAUAAUAAUGAUAAUAAUAAUGUUAUAAACCAAAGUAGAAGCAGAAAAAAUUAGUUACGUCGAACGUGGCACUAUUUGGUAGUAUUUAGGCUUACCACGCAUUAUAAUUCAGGAUUCGAACAAAAUUUAGUCCGAAUGUUUUAGCGUAACUGUAUUAUCAUGAUACAUGUGCCUUAUCCCCCACCCUAACCCAAAAGAAAACUAUACUCGCUGUCGAUUCACAAGCUUUUAGACGUAAUAUUCAAUCUCUAUCAUUUUCUUACCGCGACGUAUCAUUCGUAGCAUCAUCGAAAUGGUGCCAAACAAAAUGUGACGAUUGAUUAUGUACCGAUAUAAGAAGUAAUUUAUUUGUAUCAAUAUCAAACAAUAUUAAGUAAUGAAAAAUA